AUGACCAGUGGUAUUUUACUCGGCGAACCAGAGCCUAAACCAGCCAUGAAGUCUCCCAGAGGCCACGACAGGCUAAGUCAUCUCAUCAGCCACGCUCGAAACAUCGGCAUUUUCCUUCUGCCAAGCUUCAUAGCUGAAGGUCAAGCCUCCAUAGAUAACAUCCAGGCGCCGCCGUCGUCUUCUCCAACGCUGUAUCUCGAUGGACUGCGUGGGCUCUUCUCUUUUCUGGUUUUCCUUCGUCACUUUCUCUUGCCCUGGGAAGAAGGUCUCGACACUGGUUUUGGCCAAAACGGCAACAUGUCUUUUAUCAAGCUCCCCAUUAUCAGACUUCUUUAUGCUGGACCUACAGUACCUAUCUUCUUCAUCGUCUCGGGGUUUGUGCUCGCCUACAAGCCACUAAAGCUCAUUCACAAGAAAGACCACAACGCUCUUGGACUGUAUACCAUGUCUUCCGUGCUACGGCGGCCAUUUCGACUGUUUUUACCACCUUUGGUUUCAACAUUCAUCGUGGCUCUUGCAGUGAAUGCUGGAUUUUACUCGGCUCCAUAUCAAUAUAUGCCGGGCUGGGUACCCAGGCAUCCAGAGCGACUGGGAUCAUUAUGGGCGCAGAUCGGGGACUGGAUGCGUUUCGUGGUAGUUGACCUGACCCAUCCGUGGAGUUGGAAGUCGCCAAUGUCUGAAUACGACAGUCAUCUAUGGACGAUUCCGAUACAGUUUCGCGCCUCCAUGAUUGUCUAUCUCACACUUCUUGCUUGGGCGAGAGCCCGCAUCUGGGUUCGAGGUACAGCACUCGCCUUCUUAUGUCUGUAUUCGCUUCAGCAGGGAAGAUGGGAGAUGUAUCUGUUCUUCGCGGGGGUCUUCCUCGCCGAGAGGAGUCUUCAGAGACACCAUGAUGGAGGAGCUCUAACGGCCGACGGCGGUGAGUCUGCCAUGAAUCAACCUCCAUUACAGCCUUCAGCUUGGUCGGGACUUGUCCAGAAAUUUAAAUGCGGGAUUCUCUACACCCGGCUACAUAUUGCUAUCAUCGCUCACAGAUCGAUACAUUUAUUGGCAAUCAUAUGGUGCAACUCUGAUCUGCUGGUCUUUGAGUAG